AUGUCAUCACCAGAGACCAUGAAGGCUAUCGUUUGCGAGGCCCCUGGGUCCCCUUCAACCCUCGUCGAGCACCAGGUCACAGUACCUUCACCUGCUAUUGGCCAAGCACUCAUCAAGAUUUUGGGAUUUGGUCUCAACCGUGGAGGCAAGCAAUCCACAUUGUACAAUGUUUACUUGUUAUGCCAAGGACAUAUGGCCCUGCCCCAAAUUCUGGGAAUAGAGUGUUAUGGUACGAUCGCGGGCUACAAUGAAGCCGAGACCGCUCAGCGACCUCCCGUGGGAUCGCGCGUAUUCACCUGUAUGGGUGGCUUGGGUCGAGAGAUUCCCGGCUCCUAUGCGGAAUAUACUUGUGCUUCCAUCGGAAACUUGCGAGAGGUACCAACCACAACCCUUACCGUUGCUCAGUUAUCAGCCCUCCCAGAAAUGCUGCAGGCAACCUGGGGAGCCCUCACAACUGGCCUAGAUGUCCAACCUGGUGACAGAGUUUUGAUUCGGGGCGCUACUAGCUCCAUAGGUCUUUGUGCAAUACAACUGGCUCGGAAACUUGGGGCGACGUAUGUCGCUGCAACCACACGCAACGCCGGGCGCAAGGAAUUACUCUCACAGGUCGGAGCGGACAAGGUCAUCAUCGAUGAUGGAAAGAUUUCUCAGUCGCUCCAGCUUGAUGAGAAAUUUGAUAGGGUUAUGGAGCUGAUUGGAACUCCGACUAUUAACGACAGUAUUGUUUGUGCGAGAGACAAAGGUACAGUUUGCGUCGUUGGCAAUCAAAGUGGUGGUUCAUGGAUACUCGAGAACUUUUCUCCAUUUUUCAUUGGGUUACCAAAUCGCGUGCGACUUUGUGCGUAUGGCGGUGGUCCUCAAGACCUUCAUACAGUACCCUUGGAGGAGUUAAUCAAGGAUGUCGAGCAGGGAAAACUUCGACUUAGUAUAAAGGUUUUCGGGCUGGAUCGAAUUCAGGAGGCUCAUGGUUUUAUGGAAGCAGGGGGAGGUGGCAGCAAGAUGGUUGUGGUCUUGUGA